AUGCCAACAUUCGAUCAAAGAAAAGAGCAAGAGUUUGAGAUGACUCUCAAACACAUAUCAGAAAAUGUUGCACAGCCAUACGAAAAAGAAGAUUACGAAGACUUUGUUAAGUGCAAUAUCAAGAACGCCGAAAUGUUUGGGUUAAUAAUGAAAUAUUGUAACAAAGCAAAUAUCUCAAGGAUGAUAGACUGUCUUAAUAAUUUAACUUUAGCUAUCAUUAAAAAGCCAUAUGAAAUGGUCCAACCACACGAUGUCAUUGACAACGUAUUACGAAGGGCGUGUGAAAUCGAACAACAAAUUAUGGUACAGACUUCUGAAUACAAUCUUUGUCACAAAUAUACAAUUAAAUUCAAACUUGCUGUUAUCAUCGCAAAAUGGGAAAUAGAUAACGAUUUGGAUGAGUUAUAUACUAUCAUCCAAAAUUUGAAUAUAGCUCCGUAUAACGAAUUUUGUGAUGUUGUUAAUGCUUUUGUUGAAAUAUUUGACAAAACACGAGAUGUGGACAGUUAUCCCAAUAGAAUUCGAUUGUUUUUGAACGAAUACGUUAUGAUACCGAUUUUAAUCAGUGCGUAUGAGCGUCUUGAACUUUCUUAUUAUCGUCGAGACGAAUGUGCGUUUCGAAUAGGAAAAGAUACGAUGAAUUGGAGUACGAUGAUAACGUUGAUAGCUUCCAUUUUAAAGAACUUGAGUAUUAACAAGUGUGAUGAAAUGGAUGAAAACGAUUAUUACUUUUUCAAUAUUGACGUUUUGAAAAUCAUAUAUGACAAUUUGGAUGUUGUUGUAGCUUUGGAAGACUUAAGUUAUGAAUACUUUCAAAUAGUAACACGGAUUUCUUAUUCGAAUUGGAAGACAUUAUAUGAUGAAUAUGUUUCAGACACAAAUGUCACCACAGAGAACCAAAUUGGAUUUGAAUUCAAGAAGUUAUUUGAGAAUCUUACGACGCAAUUUCAAAUAGCCGCCUUUGAUUAUAUGAAUAAGCCGAGAGGAUAUGAGCGUGGGUUUGAGAUAUUAAAUAACAUACUUGCGACCUCCGUGUAUGUGGAUGUGCAAGAAAAUGUCCCCCAUUUAAAGCAACUGUUUUACGACAAUUUUAAUGAUUAUAUUAGAAAAGCGAAUGACACGACGAUGUAUUACAUGUUAGGUGUUAUUAAUCACAUUUUGGGACUCCCACCAAAUAACGUUGAUGCGUUUUAUUUGGUGUUUGAGAAGAUCAUGUUGAAUGAGAGUUGUGAGAAUUUGAGAGAAGGCAACGACGCAGACAUAGCGACGUUUUGUUCGAAGCAAUAUGAUAAAGUGAUCCGGUAUGUUGUUGACAUCAUUCACUGUUUAGAGAAUGAUACUGCCAAUCGUGAUGUCCAUGCGAUACGACUUGUUGGGAAUAAAACUCGAGACGAGAAAAUGAAUAUGGUGUCGAACCUUUGUUCUGUUUUUAAAUUCAUUUUGGAAGACAAAAAGCCCGAAGACGUGACCAAAGACUUUGAAGAUGCGGUGUACUACUUUUAUCUGAUGAUGUCGGGGAUCUUCUCUCAAUUACUUUCGACGCGAAAAUUGGCAGUGAAUUGUAAUUUGGCGAAGGAACACUCCAUUGACAAACGAGUGAUGUUGAGUUACUUAGCAAUUUAUAACAUCGAGCCAUGCAAAGGAGACACCACCAAUUUUGUUGAACCGAUACAAACGCGGUUUUAUAUUAAAGAUGUCAACGCCCAUGAUAGUGUUGUUCUUCAAUUGUGUUUUACACUGAAGGUGAUAGUCGAAUAUUGGCAAAAUGACUAUGACAUCACCAUAGCCUGUCUGAACAUCAUCAAAGGGUUGUGUUGCAACGAAGUUAAUAUGGGAGUGAUACGAGACAAUGGGGUCUUAGAAAUGGCAUUUCACUGGGCGAACCAAAUGAAAUGCAGAAAUAUCAAAGACGCGUUGGAGGCGCGUAAAAUCUUUUAUAAUUCGCUUUCGAUCUUGAUGUGCCCAAAUGGGUGCAAUGGGAUAUUCGCGUGUUCUACAAAUUCUUUGACGACUCCAAUUACACAUUUCUGA